AGCCCCUCCAGCUAUCUGCUCUGCUGCUGCUCUGACACUCACACUCACACACUGGGAGGGAGAUAACUCUGUGAUUCCGCUGCUGAAUUUUUAACGCUGUUGUGGAACUUUUUUUUUUUUUUUUCCAGGCGGGUUACUGUGGCACCGGGGUACUGUUACAGGGACAGAGACAGGGUUCAGUUCAGUCCUGUUGUUGACCGAGGCCGGACAGAAACAAGAGCAGACAGUUCAUGGAGUACACCUUUCAUCAUGUCGUGAUGCAGUUACCAUAGCAACAUGACCCUCAACACCCAGAGAGAGAAGCAGCCCCUAAGGCGGCGAGGCAGCACCCCAAUCCCCCCAACCAACUUCUACCGACAACCGUCCUGGGCUCGAGACCCUCAGCUCUCCGGAAGCACCAAGAAGUCCGACUCCCAUCAGCCCUGUCCCCAGCGGAGUCACCCUCCUCUGGGACAGUCUGCAUCCUACCACCCUGGAGACAAGUCCCUCCACUACCUCGCCGAGUGGAGUUCAGACUCAGAAGACGACUCGCAGAGCGACUCGGACUGUGUUUACAGAGUCGUGCUGCUGGGAGACCAUGGAGUCGGAAAGACGAGCCUCGCAGGGAUCUUUGCCGGAGUUACAGAGAAAGAUGAACAACCUGGAGUGGAAACAUACGAGCGUACGCUGACAGUGGACGGAGAGAAAACCACGCUCAUCGUCAUGGACACGUGGGAGAACGACAAACUGGAGGGGGAGGACGGCUCCUCUCAGGAUGACUGUCUCAAAGUAGGGAGCGCCUACGUCAUUGUUUACUCCGUCACUGACCGAUCAAGCUUCGAGUCAGCCGCCGAGCUCCGUAUCACACUACGGCGAGCACGCCAGGCUGAAAAUCUUCCCAUCAUCCUUGUGGGCAACAAGAGCGACCUGGUCCGGUCCAGAGAGGUCGCUAUUGAAGAGGGCCGAGCGUGUGCAGUGGUGUUUGACUGUAAAUUCAUCGAGACGUCGGCGUCUCUGCAGCACAACGUCUCAGAGCUGUUCGAGGGCGUGGUGCGACAGAUCCGCCUCCGCCGGGACAGCAGCGAGGCCAUCCAGCGCAGACGCUCCAUAUACAAACGUAAAGAGAGCAUUACCCAGAAGGCUCGGCGCUUCCUGGAUCGACUCGUGGCACGAAAUAACCAACGCAUGGCGGCCAAAGCCCGCUCAAAAAGCUGCCAUGACCUGGCUGUCCUCUGAGGACUCAGAAAGCGUCAGAAUGGACAUCACGUGACAAGACCUUCUGGUCCUGAUGUCUUGGACUAAAGUGUCUGGAGUUUUUCUUACCCUCAGUGUGUAGACAGAUGAACUUUAUAGCAACGAAAGGCUGUGGCGAACAAUUAGUGUGUACAACUCUUUUCCUUUUUGCCAUUUGGUCUACAAACCUCUGAGACUGUCUCCCCGAAUGAAACGAUAUUAAAAACAGACUAAAAUAGUCAUUAAUGUACAGCAAGGAGUGUGAUGAAUUUUCAGUGUGCGUGUGAGAACCCCUGACUGUUCAGGUGUUCAUUUACCUUUGUCUGAGUUUUCUACUGUUUUCAGUUCAACCAUGUGCAAAAUAAAG